AUGCGAUUAAGACCUGGAGUUCCAUCAACCCUCAAUGCUUUCUGUACAACUGAUUAUCCCAAGGACAGCAGUCCUCGCUACUGGGGCUUCCCAAACUACAAGAUGAAUCAACUGAAAGCUUCUUAUUAUGGAGAGACUAAACAUGCGAAUCAAGAGACCCAUAAGAGACAUUCUUCAGGAUACUUCAAUCGUUUCUUCGGUGGUGUUCGCCAUUCCCUUGGCUACAAAACCAAGAAGCUCAAUAGACGUCCAUCAAAUUCUCUGGAGGAUUUCAGUAUUGUAUCAUCGAGUCAGCCUACAGUAGACAAUCAAUGCAAUCGUCUAUUCGCCUUGGACACGGGUGUAUUACAAUACUCAGCAACCGAAAUCUACAAUGUCCAACUUCCAGCUAUUAUCGUCUUUGAUUUGCCCCAAGAUGGCUGUGAGACAAGGCGUUUUCCAGUUGUAAGAAGAGUGGAAAUUCCGAGUCAUCUUUUCAAGAAUCCUGUUAGCUACAAUUUCAUGACGAUAGAUCAGCAGUUAAAGGGCACCUGUGACGAUAUCUACAUUUAUACCAGCAACACAUUCGACAACACACUUCUCGUUUACGACUAUAAGAGGAAUAGUUUUUGGAAUAUUGAGCACUAUCUCUUUAAUCCUGUCAUGGCGGAAUCCUUCAUGGUCUUCAACAAGGACUAUAAUUAUCAACUGCCUUUGGGUAUUGUUAAUGUAGCUCUGGGAUGGCCUGAUAAGAAAGGCAAUCGUCCAGCGUACUUCACACCAGGUUCCAGCCAAGGAGAAUACGUUUUCUCUACGAAGUACAUAAAGAACCAAACGAACUACUUACAGGACUUCAGCAAUUCUAUCACUGUUCUCGGAUAUCGUGGUAGUGGAACUCAAGCCUAUCGUCAGGUCUUUGAUUGCAACACGGGAGUAAUUUUCUUUGCGGAAAUGCAAUCGAAUCGACUUAGUUGCUGGAAUUCUCUUUUGCCUAUAAGUCCGGACACAGUUGGAGUGGUUUUCGAAUCUGAAGCCUUAGAGUUCAUUUCAGGACUGAAAAUUGACCCAACAGGAUAUCUUUGGUUCCAUUCUAGUCAAGUACCACUUGACUUCUUCACCAGUGAUCCUCUGGAUCUCACUAAGGUUAACUCUAGGACAUUCAGAAUUAGAGUUUCAGAUGCAAUUAAUGGAACUAUUUGCGAUACAUCAAAUUACAAGCGCCCCAGUUCAGCAAAUAUUUAG